CAUUAAGAAUGGAAGGAAGGAGCUAAGAAACUCCAAGGACUCCCACCCAAGAACUCCACACCUAAAGUUAAAUGUUCUAUCUACUUUUGGCUUUUCUCACAACCUCCUUGUCUCUUUGUCCUGAUAUAAGAAGAUAGUACCAAAUGGAUGGUCUAUGGGUUUGAAAAGAAAACAAAUAGUGGUUUUGGAGGCACUUGUGAGGGCUUUCCUUGCAAUCCCCACUAUCACCCACUAAGCAACAACCAAGGGUGUUGUUUUGCUUUGUUAGGGCAUGUUUGGAUUGUUCAUUGAUGGGGAAUAAUACCAAGCCUGGCCAGCUCUUAUUCCCAUCCACUUCACAUUCAGACAAAAGAAAUUUAAACAAGUUAGAGAGAGAGAGAGAGAAAAGGGAAGAAAACAAGGAAAGAGGGGAGAGAGAGAGAGAGGUAGAGAGGGCUCUGUCUUUCACAAAUUCCAUAUUCCUCUGAUCCCCCCAAAGGACAACAAACCAAUGACGACAAAAACAACUUCUUACAUUGUCGCCAACGCAGCCAUGGAAAAGUCCUUCAAGAUAAGGGCUUUCAUUUCAAUUGACACGCACUCCAGCAACAAAACCCUAGAACUCAACACUAAAUACCUCUGAAGACACUUUGGUGGGUGAAGGGAUUGGAGCAGCAAUUUAGGCAAUUUUCAUAGGGUAUUUUUCUGGGUUUUUUGUUAAUUGGAAAACCCAGUUGAGAAUUUGAAUUUGCUCGUCUUUUAUGAGUUGUUCAGGGAAACACUGCUGAAGUUGCUCUCUCUGGAAUGAUUCAAGAGGACGGAUCUUCAUCUGUAACUUCGUCGCCCCUUCAAAUCUUUUCCCUCAUGUCACUUUCUCCGGGUUUGGGCUCACCAUAUCCCUGGCUUAAGGAGCUGAAAUCCGAGGAGCGGGGUUUGUAUCUUAUCCGUCUUCUCGUGGCCUGUGCUAACCAUGUUGCCGCUGGCAGCAUUGAGAACGCAAAUAUUGGCCUUGAGCAUAUUUCCCAUCUAGCUUCUCCUGAUGGAGAUACAGUCCAGCGAAUAGCUGCUUAUUUCACUGAAGCACUUGCUGAUCGAAUGCUGAAAGGUUGGCCUGGUUUGCACAAGGCCCUCAAUUCGACAAAGAUAUCUUCUAUAUCUGAAGAGAUUCUUGUCCAGAAAUUGUUCUUUGAGCUCUGCCCCUUCCUGAAGCUCUCAUAUGUUAUUACCAACCAGGCUAUUAUUGAAGCCAUGGAAGGGGAGAAGAUGGUUCAUAUUAUUGACCUCAAUUCAUUUGAAUCUGCCCAGUGGAUUAAUCUUCUUCAGUCAUUAAGUGCACGGCCAGAAGGUCCACCCCAUCUGAGAAUUACAGGUAUUCAUGAACAGAAAGAGGUGUUGGAUCUAAUGGCUCUUCAGCUGACAAAAGAAGCCGAAAAAUUGGAUAUCCCAUUUCAAUUUAAUCCUAUAGUUAGCAAAUUAGAGAAUCUUGAUUUUGAAAGUCUGCGUGUUAAGACAGGAGAAGCACUUGCAAUCAGCUCCGUACUACAACUUCAUACUCUCUUGGCAAUUGAUGAUGAGAUGGUUGGAAAAUCCCCUUCAGCAUCCAAGAACACUAGUGCAGUUCACUUGCAGAGAGUUUUGCAGAUGAACCAACGCACAUUAGGAGAGUGGCUCGAAAAAGAUUUGCCCAAUGUUUACAUUCCAAGUCCUGAAUCUGCAUCGGCAUCAACAACAUCCCCACUAUCUUUGGCCAGUUCACCAAAGAUGGGGAGCUUUCUUGCUGCUCUUUGGGGCCUCUCACCAAAGCUGAUGGUGGUAACAGAGCAAGAAUCAAACAAUAAUUGUCCUACUCUGAUGGAAAGAGUCAUGGAAGCAUUAAAUUUUUAUGCAGCACUAUUUGAUUGCUUGGAAUCUACCUUAUCAAGGGCUUCCAUUGAGCGACAGAAAGUGGAGAAGAUGCUUUUUGGAGAGGAAAUUAAGAAUAUCAUAGCAUGUGAGGGACCCGAAAGGAAAGAGAGGCAUGAAAAGCUUGAGAAAUGGGUUAUGAGGCUUGAGCUGGCUGGGUUUGGGAGGGUGCCUCUGAGCUACCAAGGAAUGUUGCAGGCAUCGAGGUUGCUGGUGAGUUAUGGUUAUGAUGGGUAUAGGAUGAAAGAAGAGAAUGGGUGUUUGGUCAUUUGCUGGCAAGACCGGCCCCUUUUCUCUGUCUCUGCUUGGAGGUUUAAGAGGUAUGAUUAAAACAUUUGACAACACGGAGACUUAGUUUUCCAUUUUGUCUUCUCUGUAUAAAGGAUAUUCAAGUUUUGUCAUUUCUCUGAUAGUGCAUAGUGUUUUGUGGAAAGGUUUGAAGAACUUAA